AUGUCGGGUUGCAAUUCCCAUACUUUGGGUGAUCUUUUUUCCGUUAUAAGUUCAAGAGGUUAUUCUUAUAACCUUCUUAAUACUUAUUUGCUAUUCUUAAGUCAAGAUGAUAAAGAAAAAUUAAAGGAACUUGGAAUUAUAUUUCAUUCACCCACAUUUAAAAAACGUUUAUUUAAUUAUCCAGAUUUAUUAAAACCUUUUCGAGGAAUCAAAUCAAAGAAAAUAACUUUUCUUGAAAAAUAUGAGGAGAAAGUUUCCUUAAAUGAGUUAACUAUGGGAACAAAUUAUAGUUUCAGUCAUUUAUUACCUAUGUCCAAAAUAAUUUUGGAUCAUCCAGAGUUGAUAUCUGACCUUAAAAAGCCUACUUCAUCUAGACAAAGUUUAACAAAUUUGAUUCAUUCACAAUCCCAACUUUUAUCUCUUAAGGUUUACAAAACACCAAUUGCUAUUGAAAAUUUGCCCAAUUCGUUAAUUUCAAUCAAGUUUGAAACUUGUAAUUUUGCAGCUAUCAUGCCAUUUGAUGGUUUUAAAUCCCUUAAACAACUUAGAUCACUUCAAUUUAUUAAUUGUAUAGGAUUAACAAUUCAAAAUUUUCAGCCACUUCUUAAUAAUCCUUCUCCAUUAAAAUUAAGAUCUUUUAAAGGUGUUGGGUUGAUCCCAGGAAUUGCCGUAUUAAUUCAAUUGGUCGUAGUAGCAAGUAAAAGAGUCACACCAGGAGCAGCUACAGUUCUUCUUGAAUAUUUGUAA